AUGGGGCUCAUCCAAGCUGGCCUGCUGUCACUUGGUGCAGCAGUAGCACAGGCUUCUCUUCAAAUCGUACCCGGUGCAACAUGGACUGCUACCAACACGGGCAACCACAUCCAAGCCCACGGGAACGGCAUCACCAAAGUGGGCUCGACCUACUACAUGAUCGGCGAGGACAAGACCAACGGCUCGGCCUUCCAGAACAUUAACUGCUACUCGUCGGACAACCUGGUGGAAUGGACAUACGUUGGCGCUCUACUAUCGCAAACGGCCAGCGGAGACUUGGGCCCCAGUCGGGUAGUCGAACGACCCAAGGUCAUCUACAACGAGGCCAACGAACAGUACGUCUUGUAUAUGCACAUCGACGACAGCUCGUACAAAGAGGCCAAGGUCGGCGUGGCCACGAGCGACUCGGUUUGUGGCGAUUACACGUACCUGGGCAGCUGGCAGCCGUUGGGAUUCCAAAGUAGAGACUUGGGGUUGUUCCAGGAUGAUGAUGGGGCGGCUUAUUUGUUGACCGAGGAUAGGGAAAACGGGUUGCGUAUUGAUGCCCUUACAGACGACUAUCUCAACGUUACAGAGGCUGUUUAUCUAUGGGACAUUUCAAUUGAAGCACCUUCAAUUCUGAAGAAGGGUGACUACUACUUCAUGUUCGGGUCUUACCUGACUGGCUGGGAUCCCAAUGACAAUGUCUACAGCUACGCGACAUCCCUCUCGGGCCCUUGGUCAAACUGGGCUACCUUCGCCACCGUCGGCUCCAAGACCUACACCAGCCAAACAACUUACCUUCUCCCCUUCGGCGACGGUGCAAUCUACAUGGGCGACCGCUGGGUCUCAACGAACCUCAUGCGCAGCACCUACGUCUGGCUCCCCUUAACUAUCUCGGGCACCAGUAUCACCAUGCCCGACCGCGUCAACUGGGUCCCCAAUGUCAGCGCCGGUACGUGGUCCGCAGGACCAUCCGAGUCUCAACCUGAGGCCGAGUCUGCGGCCCUGUCUAGCGGCGCCGCUACAAUUUCCUGUUCAGGCUGUAGCGGAGCCGAGUCCGUUGGUAACAUCGGCGGCUCCAUGGACGGGGAAGUGACCUUUAGCGGGUUGAGCAGCUCCGCCGCCACGAGGAGCACCGUCAGAAUCAAGUAUGAGAACGGGGACACGGCUCAGCGCCACGCGAAUGUCAUCGUUAAUGGCGUCAGCCAAGUCGUGGCGUUCCUGCCAACGGCAAAUGGGCAGACGCCUGGGAGUAGCACCCUGCAUUGCGAUUUGUUAGCAGGUACGGGGAAUACGAUUACUAUUGCUGGGUUGGGGGAUGGGACGUAUGGACCGGACGUUGAUCGGAUUAUGGUACCGAAUACUUAA